UCCUUCCUUUCUUCCUUCUCCACUCGCUCUCCACCGAAAUUAUACUUUUCGAGCUUUCGCAACAAAAAAAAAAAAACAGAGAAAUUUUAAAACGUAUUAUUACACUAGUAUGACUUAUUACAUCUCUCUGCUCUGGCACCGUCAGAUCUGGAGUCCAUCCAUCCACUGAAGAUUUCAUUCACAUCAUUUAUAGGUCUUAUCCAGCAGCAGCAGCACUGUUUGGCAGCGGCAGCCAUGAGAGAGAACAUUGAGGGAUUUCAGAGGUAUGUUGUCAACAGGUACGCAUCCGGAGUCUACAGGCAUUUCAGGGAUACGAUGAUCUCGAUCUGGCGUCGUCUUCCAUUGCCAAUCACUAAGAAGGCCUCCUCUUCUCGAUCCCUUCUCUUCUUCAUUUUCUUCCUCCUCUUCUUCUUCGGCGCCUUCCUCGCCUCUCGCCUACUCGAUACCACCGUUACUUCUUUAUCUGAAAAUACCCCACCGAAGACAAUCCUAACAACCAGAACAACCCAUGUGUACUCUCACGAACCUGCUAAAAUUCCCGAAAAGCCCCAAAGGAAAAUUGAAAUUCCACUAAAUUGCUCAUCCAGUAACCUCACCCAAACCUGCCCACCAAACUAUUACCCAACAAGGUUCCACUUACAGGAUGAUCAAGAUCGCCCCUCACCCGCCAUGUGUCCGGAAUACUUUCGUUGGAUCCACGAGGAUCUACGGCCGUGGAGGGAAACAGGGAUCACGAGGGAUAUGGUGGAAAGGGCCAACAGAACAGCCAACUUUCGACUGGUGAUUGUGAAUGGGAGGGCUUACAUAGAGAGAUAUCGAAGGGCCUUUCAGACGAGGGACAUUUUUACGCAGUGGGGGAUCUUACAGUUGUUACGGAGGUACCCUGGGAAACUCCCUGAUUUGGAUCUGAUGUUUGAUUGUGUAGAUUGGCCAGUCAUCAAAUCAAUGGACUAUCGUGGGCCCAACGCAACGUCCCCACCGCCAUUGUUCCGAUAUUGUGGGGAUGAUGCCACAUUGGACAUUGUUUUCCCAGACUGGUCCUUCUGGGGAUGGCCAGAGAUAAAUAUAAAGCCGUGGGAGGGAUUGUUAGAGGAUCUAAAAGGAGGAAACAAGAGGAAGAGGUGGAUGGAGAGGGAGGCUUAUGCUUACUGGAAGGGCAACCCAAUAGUUGCUGCAACUAGGAUGGAUCUCCUCAAAUGCAAUGUCUCUGAGAAGCAUGACUGGGGUGCUCGUGUAUACGCCCAGAAUUGGAUUCAAGAAUCACAGCAAGGGUACAAGCAAUCAGACUUGGCCAGCCAAUGUAUCCACAGAUAUAAAAUAUAUAUUGAAGGAUCUGCAUGGUCUGUGAGUGAAAAAUACAUUCUUGCUUGUAAUUCUGUUACCUUUGUGGUAAAGCCCCAUUACUAUGAUUUCUUCACAAGAGGUUUGAUGCCGGUGCACCACUAUUGGCCCAUAAGAGAUAAUGACAAGUGCAGAUCUAUUAAGUUUGCUGUUGACUGGGGCAACAAUCACAAGCAAAAAGCACAAGCUAUUGGAAAGGCUGCAAGUGACUUCAUUCAAGAGGAUUUGAAGAUGGAUUACGUGUAUGACUACAUGUUUCAUCUCUUAAAUGAAUAUGCUAAGCUCAUGAGGUACAAACCCACUGUACCUCGAAAAGCAAUUGAACUUUGUUCGGAGAUAAUGGCUUGUCGUGCAGAAGGAUUACAGAAGAAGUUUAUGAUGGAAUCCAUGGUGAAGGGUCCGGCUACAGAUACAAGCCCAUGCACCAUGCCGCCUCCCUAUGAUCCUCAUGCUCUUCAUUCUCUUCUAAGAAGAAAAGCAAAUUCAGAAAGACAAGUAGAGUUGUGGGAGAAGAAAUUUUGGGAGAAUCAAACUACACAUAACUAGAUAGGUUCUUCAGUCUAUUUAUGAUUACAAAUGAAUCUAUAUAGGUUUAUUUUAUGUCUCAAUUACUAGGUUAUGUAUAUUAGUGGUCAAUAAAUAAUAACAAUAAAAGGAAAUUACAAUGUAUCAGUGUUUUUUUGGCAAUUCAGAUCUAUAAAUUUCCUAUGAAUGGUGAACUUAA